AUCACAAACCCGAUUCUGUUUCUUUACCAAUUUCCACUUCGUCUACUCUACCAUUACAUUAUAACCCAAUCUCUCUUUCUUUCUCGUUUUCUUGAUCUCGACAUCUUUUCUCCGAACAAUCCAAUCAUAUCGCGAGCCCCUUUGAGAUCGUGUCUUUUCUUGCUUCUUUGGUAAAGCGAACCAUUUUGCGUGAAUAUGUGUUUUUGCCUAUCUUCUCUAUGCGAAAAAUAAUGAGAGAUAGAAAUUCGAAUCCUGCCAUGGCCAAGAGCUCGUUCAAGCUUGAUCACCCUCUGGAGAGAAGACAGGCAGAAUCUACUCGCAUCAGAGAGAAGUAUCCCAAUAGAAUUCCAGUCAUUGUUGAGAAGGCAGAAAGAAGUGAUGUUCCUGACAUUGAUAAGAAAAAAUACCUUGUUCCUGCUAAUUUGACUGUGGGGCAGUUUGUUUAUGUGGUCCGGAAGCGGAUUAAGCUGAGCGCUGAGAAAGCUAUCUUCGUCUUUGUCACGAAUAUGCUGCCUCCAACUGCUUCACUGAUGUCUGCAAUUUAUGACGAAUACAAGGAUGAAGAUGGGUUUCUCUACAUGACUUACAGUGGCGAGAACACAUUUGGUGUGCGCGGUGACACUGUUUCUGUAAAUAGCAUUUUAAAUGUAAAUAUCUCUUCCAUGCAUUGACUGCGUCUGGCAUUCUUGCCUGAUUUUCCUAAUAUCUCCUUGAGAAGCUUACAUGCAUAUGGUCUGUUAUGGAAUUCAAUCUGUUUAUAUUAAUUGGAUUCUCAUUCCAGUUUAUUUAUGAGUAUCAUCAUCCUUCUGUUUUA